UAUGAGACGCAGGUGGGGGAGCGAGGUACGCAGCUGUCGGGGGGCAGAAGCAGCGCGUGACAAUCGCGCGGGCGAUUUUGCGGAAUCCGCAGGUGGUGCUGCUGGACGAGGCGACGUCGGCUUUGGACGCGAAGAGCGAGCAGGCGGUGCAGGCUGCGCAUCAUGCGCUCAUGGGCGCACGCACCAUGCUCAUCGUCGCCCAUCGCCUCUCCGUGCGCCGCGCGCACUUCAUCGCUGUGCUGCAGCGAGGGCACGUCGUGCAGACCGGCUCGCACGAGGCUCCAUUCACCGCGGCCUUUGGUGUGUGAGGGAGCGCUGGAGCUGCGCGAGGUGUCCUUUGCCAACCUGGCUUGUGUAUCUCUAUGGGC